AAAACACUAAUAUCACACUUUCCAUGCACAGUCAGAAGAGACAUUUGAACUGGACUUUAAAGUCUCUGAAGGUGGGUUAUGAUCGUGACGAUGAGCAGCUUCCACUGAAGAGUUUCACCCCUCAACUCAGUUUCCCACAGAGCCGUCUGGAGCUUCUGCUGGAAGAUGGUCUUUUACUGUCACAAAGCCGACAGAGAAUUAUAUGUCUGAACACUCUCAGAACAAUACUGCAGGUGACAUCUGUUGACAUCUCUAGCACGGUCACCAUCAACACCUGUAUCAUCCACUACCGUCAUCAGGAGUUCUCCCUUUGGCUGGACAUGUUUUCAUGGGACCAGCUCUCGCACAAUGAAACGACUCGUAAAAAAAGGCGUUUCCCUCAGCUGGAUGCUCCCGUGAUGAUAAGCUCCUCCGUGUCUAAUGUCAAUGUGUCAGUGCAGUUGGGAGAUACACCACCCUUUGCCCUGGGCUUCAUCUCAGCCAACAGUGAACUGCAGCACUUGUUAUGCUCAGAAGAGGAUGACAUGAAGAGUCUGGCUGUGACUGAGAAAGCAUCUCUGUCCCUGGAUAAUUUCUGGUGGCGCGUGGGCCAGGGUUCCCAUAUCCAGCAGGCUCCUCACCCACCUGGAAAACAUGUUUGGGGGGAAGCCCUUAUCUUAGACUCCCUCACACUGCAGGGAAGCUAUAGUAAGUUGAGGACAGUGAACUCCAACCCUUCUGGGAGUGCCUGUAUGGAGUCCAGUCUGAAAGGCCUGCAGCUGGAAGUGUCCGAGACCUGCACUUUGUGUCUGUCACGUCUGUUCUCUGUUCUCAAACUGGACAAAGCAGAGAAUAUCCCCUUACAUUCCCUUCCAGAAAAGCCUCCAUCCCAUCUACCACCUCUCUUUAACUUUAAACUUAAUCUUGUGGAUGUAAACACAUUCACACUCUCCAAUGUGGCAGGGGCUGUUGCAUUGAGGGUGGACACAGUGGUAGCUGAAGGAUCGGGGGAGAACUCGAAUGUUUCUGUCCAGGGUGUUUCCCUUGCUGUGGUGAAGGCCCUCACUGAGAGUAUGGAGCCCUGCUGCCCAGCCGCUCAAACUCCAAACCCCAUCCUGACCCUAACCUCGUUCACUGUCUCUUACCACAUCAGUGCCCGCAGUCUGGAGGUGCAGAGUGAAAACGCUUUGACAGUGCAGUGGACACCAUCGGAUCACAUGUUUUUGUAUCAGCACGUCACAGAGAGCCAAAGCUAUUGGAAGGCGCUAUCUGAAUCUCUAAGGCUACGACAGAAGGAUGGGACAGAGUCUGCAGACUCUUCCUCUGGCAUGUUAGUUUGUGUAGAGUUGGCAAGCACACGACUCACUGCCCAUGUUGCCGAGACAAACUUCAUCAUCUUCAGUGCAGAAGCACUGUCGCUCUCCAAACGGCCCGGAGCCGUGCUGAUGAAGACUCCUCAUUUGGUGUUCAGUUUUGAUGGCAAUGACAUCAUCUCCUUUUCUGGGGCCGAGGUGCAGAUGCUGGAUGAGCUUGAAAUAAUGCAACCGCUCAGAUCUCAAUUCCCUUUCCUCCAAACAUUUCGUAAUCGCACUUGGCUCUUCACUGCACCCAGCCUUGCCAUUGAGUUCCCUUACCAGUACAACUUCUCUGACACUUUCGACAAGGCCAUCAGUGUGCAGAAGUGGCUGAAGACCCUACACAGCCGUGCCGUCCCAUCGACAGAACCUUGUCGCUUGCCCCCGGACCUCCUGAUCCGCAUAAACCAGUUCUCCUUCGUGUUCCUGGACGACGUCUUUGAGAUCAAACUACGCGACAAUUACGAGCUAAUGAAGGACGAAAACAAGGAAAGCGCCAAGCGCCUGCAGCUGCUAGAUAAGAAAGUGGCCGACCUACGCAAGCAGCACGGCGAGCUCCUGCCGGCCCGUAAGAUCGAGGAGCUCUACACCUCCCUUGAGCGCAAGCACAUUGAGAUCUACAUUCAGCGGUCCAAGCGACUGUAUUCCAACACACCCAUGCGCAAGUCGCUGCUCACCUGGACUGUGUCAGAGUUGGAGCUUGUGGCGCUUGCGGAUCAGUCGUUGCACGGGCCUGAGCGGAUCCGAGAGCAGCUGCGGGACAUCGAUGGCAUCAGCCCCUUCCCUAGAGAUGGCCUGCAGCUGGUGAUCCAGUGGUGCCGUGCUUUUAAAUUCAAGCUUAAUGCAUUUCUGGUGCGAAUCCGGGACUAUCCUCGGUACCUGUUUGAGAUCAGAGAUUGGUCGCUGUCGGGACGUCUGAUGGGCACCGAGCAGGACGGGCAGCUGAGAGCAAAGCGCAAACAGGUGGUCCAGCUCGGCCAGCCAUGGGGGGAUGUGACGGUUUACAGGAAUAUGCCACCACUGAAGUUCUACUACGACGUCCAUUCGAACAUUUCCCUCUACACCAUUGUGUGGGGGCCAUGCUGGGAUCCUGCUUGGACGCUGAUUGGCCAGGCUGUUGAUUUACUGACUAAACCCACAGCUGACCCGUCCCCCCUUCUGGCCUGGUGGGAUAAAAGCAGACUACUUCUGCAUGGCCGCUGGGUAAUGGACAUUGAUCAGGCCAACCUGCAUCAGCUCGCUACUGAGGACCCUUACAACACCACAGAGAACCUUCACUGGGAGUGGAGCAAGCUGAACUUUGACUGGAAUCCUGGGCAGUUUGUCUUCAAGGGUGACUUGGACGUCAACGUUAGAACAGCCUCCAAGUAUGAUGAUAUCUGCUUCCUGCGCCUCCCGAGCCUAUGUAUGACCCUUGACCUCCAGUGGUUAUGCCAUGGUAAUCCACAUGACCACCAUGCCGUAAUGCUCUGUGCUGCGGAGAACGUUGCGGAUGUCACCUCAGGCCAGCCGCACGACUCCUAUAGGGCCUUUCGCUCUGAAAACCUCAACCUCUCCAUCACCAUGGACCUCGACCAGCACUGUGGCAAAGAGCUCAGUCAGCCCAGAAUCCUUCUCUACAGCAGCACCCUGCGCUGGAUGCAGAACUUCUGGGCCACCUGGACCAGCGUGUCCCGGCCCAUCUGCAGAGGCAAGCUCUUCCACAGCCUCAGACCCAACCGCAGGAAGCUUGGCCAGCACUACAAACAGAUGUCCUAUACGGCAUCUUUCCCACAGCUACAGGUCCAUUACUGGGCAUCGUUUGCUCAGCAGAGAGGCAUUCAGGUGGAGUGCAGUAAAGGUCAUGUCUUCACCAGAGGAGCACAGAGGCUCAUCCCACAGGCUGGCACUGUGAUGAGACGACUUAUCUCCGAGUGGAACGUUACUCAGAUGGUGAGCGAGCUCUCUCUGGUCACCGUGCACCUCAUGGCCUCCACAUGGGACGAGACUGCCGACCACCAGAUCAAUGCCCAGGUGAAGAAGACCCACCUGCUCAGCCUGUCCUCACUCAGCUACCAGAGACAGAGUAACCGCAUAGAGGAGGAAGUAAACUCAAAAGACGAGAGCAAUGCUUCCUACACACACAAGUUGUGUUUGGUGGACCUGAGGGCCUCUUGGACCACCACCAACCGGAAUAUUGCCUUUGGUUUGUAUGACGGCUAUAAAAAAGCAGCUGUGCUGAAGAGAAACCUCUCCACCGAGGCUCUGAAGGGUCUGCGGAUCGACACCCAAUUGCAGAUGAAAAAGCUGAAACGCUCCAUGUCCAGCUACUCCUCAAACACGGCUCCCGCUACACCAGUAAUCACCACAACUGCUCGCCCAGAGAAGAGUCAGAAUGAAGGAACAUCCAUGUUACAGAAGCUUAUUGAGGAGACAGAUAAGUUUGUGGUCUUCUCCGAAGAGGACGCAGGAGUGAGCGACCAGCUCUGUGGAAUUGCUGCGUGCCAGACCGAUGAUGUUUACAACCGCAACUGGUUCAUAGAGCUCGUCAAUGGUCAGAUGAUGCUUCGAGGCACUGAGACUGCCGGCUGCGUGCUGGUAUCUGCCGCCAAGGCACAACUACUGCAAUGUGAGCACCAUCCUGCUUGGUACAACGACACACUCAAGCAGAAGACCACUUGGACGUGUCUGCUGGAUGGUAUGCAGUACUUCGCCACCAUGGAGCAAAACCUCUCUGAACAGGAGGACUGGCAGCUGUGGCUGGAGGUCAAGAACAUCGAAGAACACAGGCAGAGGAACUUUAACUUAGUGCAGGAGCUGAUGGAGAGUGGCCAGGCUGUUGGAGGCAUGGUCAGCACCACCACAGAUUGGAACCAGCCGUCCCAAGUGCAGGAGACCCAGCAGGUCCAGCGCAUCAUCUCUCGCUGUAGCUGUCGCAUGUACUACAUCGGGUACAGCCACGACAUCGACCCUGAACUGGCCACCUCCAUCAAACCGCCAGAGAUCAGUGACCGCCAUGAGAAGGAGGACCUUUUAAAGAAACAGGCUGGUGCAGUCGACACUUUCACCCUCAUCCACAAUGACCUGGAAAUUUCCACCAAUCCUGUGCAGUACUCCAUGAUCCUGGACAUAGUCAAUAAUCUGCUGCUCCACGUGGAGCCCCGGCGCAAGGAGCACAGCGAGAGGAAGCAGCGUGUGCGUUUCCAGCUAGAGAUCUCCAGCAACCCUGAGGAGCAGCGUAGCAGUAUCUUGCACCUUCAGGAAGCGGUACGCCAGCAUUUGGCUCAGAUCCGUUGCCUGGAGAAACAGAUCUACUCCAACAUGAGGUCCCAGUCAGAAGAGUUCAGAGGAGACGAGCUGUCCGACAUCAACCUGCGCCUGCAGAAUCAGCUCAACCAGGAGAAGACAGACAUGCAGAUGAAGAGUGAGGAGCUCAAUAUCCUCAUCCGGUGUUUUAAGGACUUCCAGCUGCAAAGGGCAAACAAACUGGAGCUGCGGAAACCCCCAGAAGACGUUAGCGUUGCGCGUCGUACCGAGAUCUACUUCGCUCAGGCCCGCUGGUGUCUCACAGAAGAAGAUGGGCAGCUGGGUAUAGCUGAACUUGAACUGCAGAGGUUCAUGUACAGCAAGUUGAAUAAGUCUGAUGACACAGCAGAGCAUCUCCUGGAAUUGGGCUGGUUCACCAUGAAUAACCUGCUUCCCAAUGCUGUGUACAAGGUGGUUUUGCGCCCUCAGAGCCCCUGCCAAUCAGGACGCCAGCUUGCCCUCCGUAUCUUCAGUAAGGUCCGCCCACCGGUGGGAGGGAUUUCCGUCAAAGAGCACUUUGAGGUAAAUGUGGUACCACUCACCAUUCAGCUCAUGUACCAGUUCUUCAAGAGGAUGAUGGGAUUUUUCUUCCCUGGACGAAAUGUGGAAGAAGAGGAAGUUGGGGAUGAGGAAGACAAGUUCAGACUGGUUACUACAGGUGUUGUGAAACCCAGGCAGCUGUCUGAAGACUCCAUAGGAGGGCUUGGACCCGGGAAGGGGGUCACGCAAGGGUUAAAUCGAACAGCUGGAGUCAGGAGGUCAUUUCGCAAACCACCUGAGCAUCCCGUUGAUGACAUUGAUAAGAUGAAAGAAAGAGCAGCAAUGAAUAAUUCUUUCAUCUACAUCAAGAUUCCUCAGGUUCCCCUUUGUGUCAGUUACAAGGGGGAGAAGAGCAGUGUAGACUGGAAGGAUCUGAACCUGGUUCUGCCCGGUUUGGAGUAUCAUAACAACACCUGGACCUGGCUGGACUUUGCUAUGGCUGUGAAGAGAGACAGUCGUAAGGCACUGGUCGCACAGAUGAUAAAGGAGAAGCUGCGGUUGAAACCCGCCUCGGGCUCAGAGUCUCGAGGUAAAGUGACGGAUGGGAAAACAGACAGCAGCCUCCAGCAGCAGGUGGAGGACGAGAAAGCAAGGCUUCUGAUCGGCUUCAGCACCGCCGACAAGAGCUCCAGCAAAAAGAGCAUCUUCAGUCGCCGCAAGUGAAGCUCCUUCACAGAGAUGCUGGUCUUGAAGAAGCGUUGCUGAACCUUACCGAGAUCCAGUCUGCAGGAGAAGGGAUGGAAGAUAACUAAACCAAGUCCGAGGUCUCUCUCCUCUUCACCAGUGGUGCCUUUAAAUGUCCGCGCUGGGUGUGGACGCGCAAGCCAUGACUGCAGGUGCUGGUCCUGCUAUGGAAGAAGGGAUUGUCAUUCUACUGUCUAAAAUGAGUGCUGUACACCUAACAUAAGUUUUAAUGUGCUGCUUUUGUGCCAUACAUCAUUUCAACAUAUUUCAAUUAACUACAUACAGCAUUAAACCAUCUUUAUCAAGUCAAGCUCAAGCUCAAGACAGUGUCCUACAAUUCAACGGUUCAUCUCUGUUUUGUGUUUGGAGCAUUGUGACGUCUCUCCUGCUGGAUCAGGAGAUUCUUGUAGGCCAGAAUCUUGAAGGAGCCACAUGGAAAAGCAAGAAGAAUCUGAAAUUCACAUAUACUGGAAGCCCAUAUUAUCCCACAAUUAGUGAAAGUCACUGAAAAGAAUCAAGAAUUUGGCCUCAUUUGAGCUCAGUGUUAA